AUGCCGAAACGGGACGUCGUACUCACCAAUGUCACUGUUGUCCAGCUAUUCCGCCAGCCUUGCCGGGUAACCAGAUCACCACCCCUGCCCCGACCGCCCCCUCCGGAGCCCAAGAUCGAGUCUCCACCUUCCCCGGAGUCAGAGCCGGAACCCUUCAAAGAGGAUGAGUCGCCACCUCCUCCUCCUCCUCCACCACCACCACCGCCGCCCCCACCACCACCUCCCCCUCCUCCACCACCUCCUUCCAAGAAACUCACUGUCGGCAUCAAUGGAUUUGGACGCAUCGGCCGCCUGGUCCUGCGUGCUUGCAUAGAGAAGGGCGUGAAGGUGGUGGCCGUGAAUGACCCCUUCAUUGACCCUGAAUACAUGGUGUACAUGUUCAAGUACGACUCCACCCACCGCCGGUACCAGGGGAAUGUGCAGUACAAGAACGGGUAUCUGAUGGUGGAUGACAUGGAGAUCAGCGUCUUCCAGAGCAUGAAGCCCAUCGACAUCCCCUGGAAAUCGGUGGGAAGCCCCUAUGUGGUGGAGUCCACAGGCGUGUACCUGAGCUUAAAAGACGCUUCCGAACACCUCAACGGAGGUGCCCAGAGGGUGGUCAUCAGCGCUCCCUCCCCAGAUGCACCCACAUUUGUCAUGGGGGUGAAUGAAGAGGAAUAUGACCCAGAAUCCAUGAGAAUUGUCAGCAAUGCCUCCUGUACCACCAACUGCCUGGCUCCCCUCAGCAAGGUCAUCCAUGACAGAUUUGGGAUCGUGGAAGGCCUGAUGACCACAAUUCAUUCCUACACGGCUACACAGAAGACUGUGGAUGGGCCAUCGAAAAAGGCCUGGCGAGAUGGCCGGGGUGCCCACCAGAACAUCAUACCUGCCUCCACAGGGGCUGCCAAAGCUGUGGGCAAAGUCAUCCCUGACCUCAAAGGUAAGCUGACGGGAAUGGCAUUCCGGGUGCCAACUCCAGAUGUGUCAGUUGUGGACCUGACCUGCCGCCUGGCCCAGCCUGCCUCGUUGUCCACCAUCAAGGACACCAUACGCGCAGCAGCCAACGGGUCCUUGAAUGGCAUCCUUGACUAUACAGAGGAUGAGGUAGUGUCCACGGACUUCCUCGGCGAUACCCACUCUUCCAUCUUCGAUGCUAAGGCUAGCAUGGCCCUCAACGACAAUUUCGUAAAGCUCAUUUCCUGGUACGAUAACGAAUAUGGUUACAGUCACCGGGUGGUGGACCUCAUCAAGUACAUGUUCAGAAAAGACAAGUGA